AUGAUUGUAAGCAUGUGGUAUACCCGAGCGGAGGCACCAAUGCGCACUGGAUCGUUCUACUGCUUCAACGGAUUCGGCUCCAUCAUCGGCGGUAUUCUGUUCUAUGGUGUCGGCCAGGCGGAUGGAUGGGAUGUGUGGAGAAUCAUCUUCGUCAUUUGCGGUGGUCUGACCAUCGUAUGGGGCAUCGUCCUGAUCUUCUACUUGCCCAACAACAUCAUGACGGCCAAGCGCUUCACCGUGGAAGAGAAGGCCCUCCUUAUUGCUCGCAGCCAGAGCAACAAGACUGGUGUCUUCAGCAGCAAGAUCAAGCCAGCUCAAAUUAAGGAGGCUUUCAAGGACCUUCAAGUUUGGCUUCUGUUCUUCUACACCCUUCUCAACGAAAUUGUCAACGGAGGCAUCGCCAACUUUGGCAAACUCAUCGUCAAGGGCUUCACAAAGGACGCUCUCUUGACGACUGCUUACGGGAUUCCUUACGGCGCUUGGGUUGCUUUCUUCAUCUUUACUGGUCCCUUUUGCGCUUCAAAGCUUAAGAACUUCCGGACCAUUGUGAUGAUGACUUGGGUUCUGCCGACACUCAUUGCGGUUUCCUUGUCCUUGAAGCUGGACCGCGGCAACAAGAACGGGCUAUUGAUGGCGUACUACAUUAGUCCUUCCUUCGUCGGUGCUCUUGUCGUUGCCCUCCAAAUGCCCGCUGCCAACGUUGCAGGUUACACCAAGCGUGUGACCUCAACUGCCUUCGUCUUCUUAGCGUACUGUGUGGGUAAUAUCAUAGGCCCGCAAGCCUUCCUUGCGUCGGAAGCACCCAUAUAUGGUACUGGCUGUAAGGGCAUCAUGGGCUGCACUGCCGGUCAAGUUGUGUUGGCUAUCGCCAUUCGGCUGUUGUUAAUAAAGAGAAACAAGCAGAGAGACGCAGAGGCGGAGGCUAGUGGUAAGAAUGCCGAGAAUCUGUCCGAUGAAGUUCUCAUGGACUUGACGGACUUUGAGAACAGGAAGUUCAGAUACUCUUAUUAG